AUGAUGUGUGAUGUUGGAUCAGACGCUAUCCAUGAGGGACAGUGGUGGUUGGCAUCGAGUAGGAGUAGAAAUCUGGUGCUGUCACUUCUGAGGCAGUGUCUUCCUCAUGUGGACUCUAUAAGAGAUAGUGAGUGUGAGGAUGUUUAUUUGUGGCAAACUGCUAACAAACCUCCGUCUCCUACUUUCUCGGCUUCACUCAUGUGGGAUACGAUUCAUCCAAGGAGUGAGACAAUAUACUGGCACAAGGCGGUCUGGUUUAAGGAUCAUAUUCCGAGACACGCUUUCGGGUGUUGGGUGGUGGCAAGGAAUCAAAUGAUAACAAGGGAUAGACUUAUUAGGUGGGGGCUCUCAGUUUCUUCUCUAUGCUUGCUGUGUAAUGUGCAAAAUGAGAAUAGGCAACAUCUGUUCUUUGACUGUCCUUUCAGUGCAGAAAUUUGGUUGUCUUAUACAGUGGCAGCAAAUCUCUCGCCUCCUCCUCUGUUUGAAGACUUGUUACGCUGGAUAGUUAAGCCUAAUCAGGAAAAGAACCUCAACAUAAUCAUGAGAAUCCUUUUUCACGCUACUAUCCAGAGCCGGCCCUGA